AUUUAAAGAUUUUAACAGUUACUGAAUUGUUAUUCGAGUCUGCGUUUCCUGCAAGAUAAACUAGCGUUAGAAAAUGUAUGACGUCAGAUAUACUGCAGCCAUCUUGUCGAGCUAACGGCUGUUAAAUAAACGGGGUUGAAAGUAUCCCCCAGAACAGCAGUAUGUCUGCAUUUUCAGAAGCAGCUUUAGAAAAGAAACUCUCGGAGCUCAGCAACUCACAACAAAGCGUGCAGACCUUGUCUCUGUGGCUCAUUCAUCAUAGGAAACACUCCCGGACUAUUGUGACCGUUUGGGACCGAGAGCUACGGAGGGCGAAACCAGGCAGAAAAUUGACAUUUUUGUACCUAGCCAAUGAUGUUAUUCAGAACAGCAAAAGAAAAGGGCCAGAAUUUACAAAAGAUUUUGAACCUGUCAUAGUGGAAGCCUUCAGACAUGUUGCAAGUGAGUCUGAAGAAAACUGCAAGAAACAUCUUGGCAGGGUGCUAAGCAUUUGGGAGGAAAGAGCUGUUUAUGAAAGUAACCUGCUUGAACAACUUAACCAGGCUCUGUAUGAUGGGAAAAAAGCCAAGAAACGACCAUAUGAGGAAAGUGAUGUUGAGGAUGACAGUCCAUCUCUGAAUUCCCCAUCAUUGCCUCCACAGACUGCAGACCUCAUUAGGGCAUUACAGGAACUAGAAAAUGCAGCUUCAGCUGAUGCAAGCGGUCACCAGAGAAUAGCCUCCUUGCCUUCAGAGGUUCAAGAUAUUUCUUUGAUUGCCAAAAUAGUAGAUAAAGAAUCAGGAGAACGGCUAUUGAGGAUGGUGGAUGAUGCGUGCACACUUCUUGCUGAUUACAGUGGCAGACAGGCAGCAGAAAUAGAUGAUCGAAAGCAGCUGACUCAAAUGCUGUCCGAUUUCCUUCAGACUCAGAAAGAAAUUCUGGCAGAAAAAGAACGUGCACUGGAAGAAUACAAGCUCAAACUGGCCAGAGUUUCCCAGGUACGGAAAGAACUUAGGUCACGACUUCAUACCCUCCCAGAUUUGUCACGACUUCCUAAUGUGACUGGCAACAAGACGUAUCUGCCAUAUGCUGAAAACUUGUAUUCUGAUGACUGAUUCAGAGGACUUUGUCAUCAUUAACAUCAUUCUUUCUGUUAUAAUACCGAUAUAAUGCUGUAAUAUUAUUUUAUAAUUUUAUAUAUUGUUAAGAUAGUGGUGCUAAUGUAAAAUAUUUAUUUAUAAAGUUUACUGAGGAAAAGGGAACUGUGUUUUGUUUCAGUUUCCAUAAUUAGGUACAUUAAAAGACGAAUGCGUGGACAGAAUAUAUGUAUGGAUACUGUUGUGUCAGUUAAUGAUAAAGUGGACUUGUGCAUAAACGAGAACGUAGUGCAGUUUUUUAUCAUUGAAAAGGACAUUUAAGUUGAAACUGGAGAAGACAUGACAUAUGAAACAAUUUUGUACUUUUUACUUCAUUAGAAAUAUAUAUGUACAUAUAGUCAAAUAUUAGCAUAUUUAUGGUCUGUGUUUUUUAACCACUCAUUUGCCAUUCCAUUUAUUUUCGUUGCCAUUAUGGCAUCAGUAGUAUUGUGUUUUUUUCUGAUUAGAAGCACAUAUUUUCAUACAGAGUGAUGACAAACAUUAUGCAUAUGUCAAAUCUUUUCCAUUUAAGUAAGUAAUGGUGUGCAGUUCUAAACAGAUUUUCUGAGCGCUUCUUAUUUUGUCAGUGGUAAUAUAAUUAUUUCAUAAUUUGGACCUUUAUUUUCCGUUUUAAGCUUUGUAGUCCUUUUUUGUUUAUUGAUUCAUGUUUUCCAGUAACUGUUUUACAUUUUCUUUGAUGUGUGUGUUCAAGUACCUUAAAUGAUCUGUGGCUAAAAACUGAAAAAACAUAUUUUUAUUGUACCUUGAUCUUCUUAUGCAGUACCAAUAUCUGUUCAUCACAUUACAUGGUUAUUAUAGCAGAAAUCAAUGCUGGACCUGUUUGUUAUGUCUGCUUACCUGUAACCAUUGUUUGCUCCCAAGAGUAAAGUCUGCAUGGCUAAACAACACCAUGCGUGGGCCGUGGCCUAGAGGUGAUUGUUGUCAUUACACACUGGACUUGUUUAAAACUUAAACAAGUCCAUUGUAUAGUAACACUUCUUCUUGUACUUUUUUUUUUUUUUUUUAUAUGCAGGGAAGGGCUCAGGACAGAUUUGGCUGAUACACUGUCGAUGUCCACAUUGAAAUACACGUUUCUGCAUACGUAGUACAUACGUGGAGUUAUAGUUGUGUAGUUGGUGCAUGACACAGAGUGUAAGUGGUAGUAAUUGCCAGACAAUGGUGAUGAAACAUAGAUGUGGCAUAUUUAAGGAGCAAAAGUGGAAGUGUGGUAAUUAUUUUAUUUGUUUGUUUUAAUUUGCUGCCGGACUUGCAAUGGUGACACAUUCACCUGUGCUUUCAGCUUAGUUAAACAGAUUUUUUAUGGUUUAUUUAUUUAUUUAUUGACAUUUGUUGACCGGGAAAGUCCACUGGAUCGAAAGAUCUAUUUUCAUUGGAGGCCUGGGGGAGAAAAGCUCCAAAGAAUACAGUAAACAUUAACAAAGUUAAUAGAACUUAAACAGUUAGUAAAGAUUUAUACAUCGAUAGCAAUUUUGGCAAUUUAGACCAACAAUAUAUAAUAGGAGACAAAUAGAAGUUCAUUUCGUAAAAGUCUGUCUACUAUACAUUUAUAAUCAUACACUAUAGAAGUAUUAAUUUUCUUAAGUUUGUGAAUCAAUUUGUGCGAAUGUGCUGAAUAGAGUAUCUUUUAACUGGGUUUGUUCACAUGAUGGCAGGUACAUGUAAGAUUGUUGAGGUAAUGUUGUUUUAAUGCUGAUUUAAACGUUUCUGUAGCGUCUAGUUGAGUAAUUAAGGGUGGCAGAGCAUUCCAGAGUUUGGCUACUGUAUGGGAAUAAAGGCAAUACCCAGCUCUCUUGUUGGGUUUAGUUAUGGUUAUGAGUAGUUUAUUAGAGGACCUAAGAUUGUGGGAUGGGAAAAAAAAAAAAAAAAUAUAUAUAUAUAUA